CUCUCCCCCUCCCCGCACGUGAUGAGGCAUCAAGGGCCAUCACGUGAGGCGGGCAGAGAGCGCGCGGGUGGGGCCGGGUUCUGUGGAGCUUCGCGAGGAGCAAAGUGCGGCUGCAGACUGGGCAGGACUCAACGGGCUUGAACAGCCAUGCCCAAGUAUUGCCGUGCUCCGAACUGCUCCAACACUGCGGGCCGACUGGGCGCUGACAACCGCCCUGUGAGCUUCUACAAGUUCCCACUGAAGGAUGGCCCCCGGCUGCGGGCCUGGCUGCGGCACAUGGGCCAUGAGGACUGGGAGCCCAGCUGCCACCAGCACUUGUGCAGUGAGCACUUCACACCUUCCUGCUUCCAGUGGCGCUGGGGUGUGCGCUACCUGCGGCCUGAUGCAGUGCCCUCCAUUUUCUCCCCAGCGCCGCCUACUGAGAAGCAGCAGAGUACCCGAAGCACCGAGAAGCCAGUCGUGUCUCCCUCCCCACCAGACGUCAUGCCCCCGACCCCUGGCCCAGCUCUCUCGGCCCCUGGCCCUGUGCACCUUGUGGUACUAGGGCCAGCACCCAGAGGCCCCGAGGCCGCGGCCACCGUGUUCCUGGCCCCCCUGAUCCUUCCUCCUGCUCCUGCCAGGCCACGGCCUGGAGUUCGGGCCCAGCACCCUCUGGCCGGCCUGGGCACUAUCCUGGGAGCACUGCAACGUCGUGUGCGGAGGCUGCAGCGGCGCCAGGAGCAGCACCAGGUGCAGCUGCAGGCUCUAGAACAGCUGGCGCAGCAGCUGUGCAAGGAGAGCCUGCUGGCUGGGCGCACCAGGACCUGCUCUGCCUGGUGAAUGUGGCCACCUGGCCCCCGUGGCAUAUGUAUUUUCAUUUAAAAGUCAGAACAUUUCAUUCAUGUUUCCACA